CGAAUCUCAGACCCUGGCAUGACUAAUCAUUUUUGCGUCGAGCAUGCCAACACCCGUCUUACUGUCUCGUGGACUUGACCCGGUGUUAGGCAUUUUCACAGGUUUCUUUGCCUAUUACCUUCACGAGACACAUCCACGCACCGCACCCCCACCGGACAAGCGACUUGCGGCUCUCAUGCAGUGGAAAUGGGCAAAAUGGAAGCGUGAGCGGGAGGAAAAGCUGGAUGCGCUCGAGAGAGGGGCAGAAGAAUCCUCUAGAGUAGUCAGUUGACAGCUCAGCUCAGUUAAGGUGCAUGCCUCGGAUUUAUGCGCUAAUAGCAGUUGCGGUGGAUACUAUCUGCUACUGUCAAGACACGCGCUGCUCGCAGUCUUGUAUUACAACAGAACC